UAGAGUGCACGUAUAGUACAUCUGUAGUUAAUUAUUGCUAUCAGUCGCGUUACGGCGAAGGAAAGCGCGACGACCGAGUUUGUAUAAAGAAUAUUGAAGAUCCCACACGGUAGACGCUAUCCUUAAAGGAAAUUCUAAUAACAUGUCAAAGAAGCCAGGUGCUCCACAAGCAAUGCAUAAAGUUAUAAUGGUUGGAAGUGGAGGCGUUGGAAAGUCUGCCCUGACAUUACAGUUCAUGUAUGAUGAGUUUGUAGAGGAUUAUGAACCUACAAAAGCAGAUUCCUAUAGGAAAAAAGUUGUGUUGGAUGGCGAAGAAGUACAAAUAGACAUUUUAGAUACGGCAGGACAAGAAGAUUAUGCAGCAAUUCGAGAUAACUAUUUUCGAAGUGGUGAGGGAUUUCUUUGUGUCUUUUCUAUAACAGAGGAUGAUAGUUUUCAAGCUACUCAGGAAUUUCGAGAACAGAUCCUCAGAGUAAAAAAUGAUGAGAACAUUCCAUUUCUAUUAGUGGGAAAUAAAAGUGAUUUACAAGAAAAGAGAAAAGUCAGUUUAGCUGAAGCUCAAUCAAGGUCGCAGCAAUGGGGUGUACCAUAUGUAGAAACAAGUGCAAAAACAAAGGAAAAUGUUGACAAGGUAUUUUUCGAUUUGAUGCGUGAAAUAAGGUCGCGCAAGAUCGAGGAUAAAUCAGCGAGUAACGGUCGUGGGAAAGACCGUGCGACGAAGAAGAAAAAGAAGUGCAUUAUUCUAUAGGUAUUCUUUGACUUAAUGCGCGCAAUAGCCGCGCGUAAAGCACAGGAAAAUCAAGGGG